GAGCGUAAACAAAGACCGGCUCCGUGUAUUUUGUUUAUUUAAAAUAUUAAAGUCAAAGAUAUGCAUACGUAAAUGCAAUCCAAGUCUAAAUAACGAUAUCCGGCACCUGUAGUGAGUGUUGGUUUAGUGUAAACCCCAGUGAAAAGUGAACUAAAAAGUUGCGAAAAAACUUACAGUGAUUAUCAAAAAACAAAGAUACCCUUUAAACGUACAACAUCAAUGAAUGUGUUACAGUUACAAACAUAAAUAAUAACAAGUGAUACUGACUAUAGAAUACCUAUUUGCCAAGGAACAAUUAAGUUAUUUGCAAUAAAUAGUGUUCAUAACAUAACCUAAAAAUAACCUAAAAUAAAAAUAACAAAAUGGAUUUGGAAUGUUCAGGAUGUCAACAAAAGAUCCCAAAUCGACAAUACCUAACUUGCAGUCUGUGCAGUAAUCAUUACGAUAUAGAAUGUGCAAACGUUUCUAUUCAGCGUUUCCUAAAUACUAUGACCCUAGAACACAGAAAAAAAUGGAAGUGCCAAGUUUGCAUCUGUAAAACUCCCAAGACGGGAAACAUAAACAAAGCUAUUCUGCCUAAAAAUAACGAUCUACCGCAACAUAAAAAAUCACCUACCGAACAAAACAAUGUUACUACCCGGAAAAAGACCACUAGUCCUGUAAAUAAUGACUCCAUUAAUUCAGAGGACCUCAGUAUUCUCGGUGAUACGAUAGUAACUGAUAACUCAAUGCAUACCAAAACUGAACUUACACUAGAAAACUUGAGUCAGAUGAUUACACAAAAACUAAAAGAAAACAAUGUUUCUAUUAUACUAGAAAUUCAGAAUACAAUUCAACUGGAAAUAAACAAAGCUAUUAAUAAACUGAAAGAAGAUAUCGCAGGCGACAUUGAUACAUUAAAUUCAAAAAACAAUGAAAGAAAACAAGAAAUUGAAAAAAUUAAUGAGAAAAUAAAACGCAUACAAGAAGAAAACAACAAUCUUAAAGAAGAAAUUAAGCAACUACAACAUAAAAUACCUGAAACGAUACCAGUAUACAAAGAGAGUGACAACAAGAAAUUUGUAAUAUACGGAUUAGCAGAAUAUUAUAAGGAAACCGAAUAUGAUCUCAACACUCGUAUUACGGAAAUACUGCGUGAGUACCUGAAUAUAGAUGUAUUUUAUUCCAUCGAAGAUACAUAUAGAGUGGGAAAAUACCGUAAUAAUAACCGUCCCCUCGUAGUUGAGCUUUUAAGCAAGAAAAUGGUUAAGUACAUACAUGAAAAUAAAUACUACCUGGAAGGAACACAAUUAUCAAUUGGAGAAUAUUUAGGAGAAAAAGAAAGAAAAGAACGGAAACAACUAAGAGAAAAGAUGCUUAAGGCUAGAAAAGACGGACUUCAUGCAAUAAUAAGAGACAACAAACUGUACAUACAAGGAAAACAAGUCAAGUCAGGAGAAGAAGGAGAAACCUAUAUUAUAGAAGAGCACAACAACACUCGGUCAUCUUUCCAGCAUGACAAUAAAACAAGAUCUAACUACACCAGAAACAACUUUCGAUACCAACAAGACUCCAGUCAUUCCUUUCGUGGAAAUGGAUCACAAUUUUAAUAUAUUAUUCCAAAACAUGCAAAGUAUUAAAAACAAAAUUGAUCUACUAGAAGCAUUUGUUGAUCAACAACCUAAAUUUAAUGCUAUAUGCAUUUCAGAAACAUGGCUUUACGAAAACACUUUGCAAUUAUUAAAUAUAAGUGGCUAUAAAAUAGCAGCCUCAUUUUGUAGAAAGAAUACCACUGGAGGUGGUACAUGCAUUCUUCUACAAAAUAACAUAGAAUUUAUUGAAAGGAAGGAUAUAACUGAUAUGUCAAUAGAGUAUGCAUUAGAAAUAUGUGCUGCUGAAUUACCUAAGGAGAACAUUUUGCUUAUAUCAUUGUACUGGAACGGAAAUUCAAAGACUGAAAAUAUUUUUAAUGACCAACUAAAACAAAUACUUAAAUAUAUAACAAAAAAUUGUAAACAUUUAAAAGUAAUUAUAGGAGGAGAUUUCAAUAUCAAUGUACUAGUCAAUAGUUUAAAAGCCAACGUUUUUAUAGAUUUAAUGUUAGAACAUAAACUUAUCCAACAUAUUAAUGAGCCCACACAUGUAACACCAACCACAGAAACUUGUCUAGAUUUAAUAUUUACAAAUUUCUCCAGUAACAAUAUACAAACAAAGGUAGAGAAACUAGGAUUUUCCGAUCAUAGUGGAACUGUUAUUAAAUUAAAAUUACUAAAACAGACAAAAAAAGUAACAUGGCUUUCAGAAAAAAGAAUUUUCAGUAAUGAUAACAUAUCAAAAUUUAAAUCUAAACUAGGAACAGUAAAUUGGUAUGAUAUAAUUACAAAUAAUAAAAAUGUAAACGAAAAUUACACAUCAUUUCAUAAUUUACUACAAGAUAUAUUAAAUGACUGCAUACCCAAACAAAUUAUAAAGAUAAAACCUAAAUACAAAAAACACUGGCUGACAAAAGGAAUAAAAAAAUCAAGUCAAAAUAAAAGAUUAUUAAAAUUACUAUUGCUAAAUAAUGAGAACCCGGUACUAAGAAAUCAUUAUAAAAUAUAUGAAAAAUGUCUUAAGAGAGUUGUAAACACAUCAAAAAAAUUACAGUACAUACAAAAAUUAAAGAAAUCUACAAAUAAAGUAAAAUGUAUGUGGAACAUUAUAAAUGAACGUACAAAUAAAAACAUAUUUAAAGAAAAAAAUAAUACAAAAUUGUUAAAAAAUAACACUAUAAUAACUGAACCGAAGGCAGUUGCAAAUG